AUAUCCAUGUCCGAUGAGAAACGCCGGGUUCUUGAGUGGCUAUCUCCUCUGACAUCACGGAACAGGCAUCAGACCGUUCGUAACGCCCGAGCGGAUGGGGUGGGAGACUGGCUGAUUGACACAGACAUCUUUUCUGCAUGGAGCGCAUUGGAGGAUAGGGCGGCAAAGCCUGUCCUGUUAUGCUAUGGAGACCCAGGGGUCGGGAAAACAUUUAUCAC